AUGGCGCGCUGUCAGUUAGCAGAAUACGACAUUGAAUAUGUAGCGCGCACGUCAGUUAAAGGACAAGCAAUUGCAGACCACUUGGCAGAGUUUCCGAUUGAAGACAACACGCCUAUUGAUCCAGACUUUCUAGAUGAAGGAAUCCUCCAAGUCGACAGUGAGAAGGAUAGCCCAACGUGGAAGAUGUAUUUCGAUGGAGCAGUCAACUCCACUGGCUCGGGCAUCGGUGCAGUACUGAUAUCUCCUGACGGGCGUCAUUAUCCCGUUGCAGCAAAAAUUGACUUUCCUUGCACCAAUAAUGUGGCUGAGUACGAAGCAUGCAUCCUCGGUCUGCAAGCAGCUAUUGACUUCAAAGUCAAGGAGUUAGAGGUGUUCGGGGACUCAAUGCUCACAAUUUUCCAAACGCUGGGGCAAUGGAAGACAAAGGAUGAGAAGCUAGUACCCUAUCACGAGUAUCUUAAGGAGUUAGCGGAGAACUUCGAAAAGAUCACGUUCACUUACACGCCUCGCGUAAAGAAUCACUUCGCAGACGCACUCGCAACGCUCGCCUCCAUGGUGAGUAUCACAAAAGGAAAUCUCAUCGAGCCCCUCGAGAUUGAGAUUACCAAAGGCCCUGCCCAUUGCGAUGCGAUCGAGGCCAUCGACGCAAAGCCUUGGUUUGAAGACAUUAAACACUUUCUGCAGACUGGUCAAUAUCCGCAGUUUGCCAAUCACCGCAAUCGAAAAACACUCCGGUUGCUUGCAACGCACUACUUCCUGAGCGGUGAAACGCUCUACAGGCGCUCUCUCGAUGCUACGCUGCUUCGAUGUGUUGACGGACAAGAGGCACAACGCCUCAUCCAAGAAGUACACGGGGGAAGCUGCGGACCUCACAUGAACGGACUUAUGCUUGCCAAGAAGAUCAUGCGGUUCGGCUACUUUUGGUCCACCAUGGAAACUGACUGCGUCAAGCACGUCAGGCAUUGCCGCUUAUGCCAAGUUUAUGCAGAUAAGAUUAAAGCACCGCCCAACGAGUUACACCCGAUGGCGGCUCCGUGGCCCUUCUCAAUGUGGGGCAUGGAUGUCAUUGGUCCCAUCAAUCCCAAAGCAUCAAACGGGCAUCUCUUCAUCUUAGUGGCGAUCGAUUAUUUCACCAAGUGGAUCGAAGCCAUUACGCUCGCAUCAGUUACUAGGAUGGCUCGGGCAUUUAACGCGAAGGUCCGCCAUCGCGAGUUCAAACCCGGAGACCUCGUUCUGCGCAAAGUCUUGCAUAUUGCUCCCGACUCUAGGGGCAAGUUUGCAUACAAAUACGACGGACCUUUCGUCGUCACAGAAGUCUUCUCUGGAGGUGCCAUCAUUUUAAGAGAUAUGGACGGGACCGAGAAUGCACUCCCUGUCAAUGCCGACGCCCUCAGGAAGUACUAUCCCUGA